AUGGUGGAUUUCGGAGACGACGAGUACAUGCAGAUGGUCUGCGUCGAUGGAGCAGUGAUCGAGAAACCCGUGACGUUGAAACUGGGGGAGGAGUGGACAGGGAAGCUGGAGCUGUCGGCUGUAGCAUCAACUUUCUGUACAGAGCAAACGGCAGUUACCAACAAGGCGUUGAGAAAGCUGCCUUCAAUGGAAUCCAAUGCCAAUGCCAAUGCCUCCAAGAUCGUGAGGGUUCGAGUAACCGAUGGCGAUGCCACGGAUUCUUCUUCUAGCGACAAAACCGAGCACCGGAGAGCUAAAAGGCAAUUACACGACAUCAGGGUCGAUGACUGUUCCGCCUUCAAUGUCACCAAGCAAAACAAGCAGGCCAACAAACAACAGCAACAAUGUUUGUCGAACGGUGUGAAGUACCGUGGUGUUCGAAAAAGGCCGUGGGGAAAAUGGGCGGCUGAGAUCAGAGACCCCGCGAGGCGAACCAGGGUGUGGCUCGGGACUUUCGACAAAGCCGAAGAUGCCGCGUUGGUUUACGAUAGAGCAGCUGUUCGAAUCAAAGGCCCUAACGCUCUUACCAACUUCGAAUUGGAAAUGAUUCCAGGGUAUAAUUCUGGCCAAGAAUCUCAGUCCCUUUCGUCGCCUACAUCUGUUCUCAGGUUGGCUGAGCUUCGAAUCGAAUCGAAAGAUAAUAACUCGCCGGAGCUCACGGGAAAAGAGUGCAACCGGACCAGUGACUUAUCAGAUGAGUAUUUUUUAACGGAUGCGGGAGCUUCAUUUGAUUACUUCGACUAUGAUAACUCAGCGCCGAUAUUUUUCGAACAAAUGAUGCUACCAGAAGACAGUGUUUUGGAACAAGAUUGCUCCGACAUUUCCAUUAAACUCGAUGAUGAUAUCGGUUCUUGUUCUUGGGAUGUCGAUAAUUACUAUUAA